AUGAUUGCCGAAAACUCAGCCCGUUUUCACCCGAAACGAAAGAGGAGGUCUCGCGGACUGCGUCAACCUGAGCGUCGUAUUAAAGCCAAACUGCUGCAGUACAACGAGAUUCAGCCGUCCUCUUUUGCUUUUCCUGCGGACACGAACCUCCAAGCCUACCUUCUUGCUCAGCGAUACAUAGAAGAGUUACAGAAGUUCCUUGAAGAAGACAACUACAAAGCAUCGCUUCGCCUGGAGCCACCCCCACCGCCUCAGCCGCCUCCAGGGCCACUGCCACAGUCCAAGUUAUCGGUUCUUUCGCCGUCUUCAACCCACUUCGGUCACAAGCUCUCAUCUGCAUCUGUGACAUAUGCUGUUGGCUUAUCUACAGUAAACCAACUGUCGACGAAUGAGCAAUACCCUGGCAUGCCUUCCUCCUCCAGACUACCCGGCUUGGGCAUAAGUCCUUGUCACAACUCGUUCCAGCUUGAGGCUGGUCACACUGCCUCCGGUGUUUCCGUGUCAUCCCCUUCUUUCUCUUCGCCCUCUCUGUUCGCAUGGGACCUCUUAUCCCAACCUGUGUCUCCAUGUCCUGGAAAGGCAGUUACACUCAAUUCUAAGCCUCCCUCCUGCUAUUCCCCCGCAGCAUCUGCUUCUCCUUCUGUAAACGCCCCUCCUGAAUCACCUUUGAAGUCUACUUGUACUAGUUUGUAUGCGGAUUCUUUUGCGGCUAGUGGCUCGCAACCGGUACUGCUCGAGCCCUGGCCAGAGGCAUCUAUUCCACAUCUGUCAACUCCCAAAGGACGGUGUCAGUCGCACCCUGAAGAAAGUGAAACACUGGAUGGAUAUCCCCAGAUUCGACCACUUCUACCGUGCACAUUGACCAGCUUGCCGGGGCUGCUAGAAUCCCCGGACAAAGCGAAUACACCCCUGGAAGUGCUCUCCUCUCAGGUGUGA